AGCCUGAUUGGGACUACAACUCGGCAGAAGCGCAGAUCCAUGGAACAAGGAAAGACCUACAGGACCGGCCAUUACCUGAUGCUGAGGUCACCUGGUUUACUGACGGAAGCAGCUUCGUCCAUCAAGGACAGAGGAAAUAACCUCGCUGACCAGACUGCACGCCAGGUAGCACAAAACCCCAUUCAAGUACUCCCUGCGCAGCUACCAGACCCAGGGCCCCGAGAUUUACCCCCACAGCCUGAAUACUCAGAAGAUGAUCUUAUCUGGAUGCGCAAGCUCCCCAUGACCCAAGUUACAGACGGAUGGUGGAGGGACUCCAGAGACCGCCUUAUCCUUCCCGACAAAUUGGGCCACGCAAUCCUGGCAAAAAUACUCCAGAACGCGCACCCACACGCCACAGCCCAAGGCCACCGAAAAAGAGGAACCAUACCAGAAGCCCACUGGGAAGUGGACUUCACCGAGGUAAAGCCUGACAAAUACGGCUAUAAAUACUUACUAGUGUUCGUAGACACUUUUUCAGGAUGGACUGAAGCCUUUCCAACCAAGAAGGAAACGGCGCAGAUAGUAGCCAAAAAGAUCCUAGAAAAAAUCCUGCCCAGGUAUGGUUUUCCAGUCAUGAUAGGGUCAGAUAAUGGACCUGCAUUCGUCUCUAAGGUAAGUCAGGGAUUGGCUUCCGUACUUGGGGCAGAUUAGAAAUUACAUUGUGCCUACCGGCCCCAAAGCUCAGGACAAGUA